AUGACGAUUGUUAUUCUUGUGCGAGGAAAGUGUGGCCUCUCGAAAUGUAUCACUGUCUACAUGCUUGCGAUGGCAAUAGCAGACCUACUGGUCAUAAUCAUUAAUGUACUGGUUUACAGCAUUCUUACGUAUCACUUUCCAUUAUCGCUUUUGUCUCAUACCCAUAUUUGUAAGUUUAUUUUUUACCUGGGUUGUGUUAUUUUGAAUUUAUCAGUAUGGUUCACAGUCGCAUUCACUUUUGAUCGCUUUGUCAUCAUCUGUUGUCCAAAGUUUAAGACAAUGUAUUGUACUGUGCGAAUUCCAGUCACAAUUAUAAGUGUGAUCUGUGUCCUCAUGUGGAUCAAGGAAUUCCCCAUUUUCUUUGCAUAUGAACAUGAAUACAUUGUGAACAAUGUGAAAUGGAACUGCCAGUCAAGUGUGGAAUUCUUUUCCUCCGUUGCAGGAGUAGUGUACAUCUGGUUUUUCAGCAUCUGUUUAGUUUGGCUUCCUUUCAUUUUAAUUGCUUUCUUUAAUGCAUUGACAGUCAGACAUGUGCUAGUGACUAGCAAAGCCCGCAGAGCACUUCGGGCUCACACAACUGACAAUCAUUAUGAUCCCGAGAUGAAGAACAGAGUGAAAUCCAUUGUUUUCCUCUUCGCUAUCUCAGGGAGUUUCAUUCUCUUGUGGCUGACAACUGUCAUAAAUCUUGUAAUGACCAGAAUCACAAAUCCCAAUUAUUACCGAGGAGACUUUGGAAAUCCAAUCUACAUCAUUGUCGAAACAGGAGCCAUGCUGAGGUAUUUGAGUUCCUGUUCAAACACGUGCAUCUAUGCGGUGACUCAGAGAAAAUUCAGAGAAGAGCUUUUGGAUAUUCUGAAAUCGCCCUGCGCAUUCAUUGCAAAGAGAUUAAACAUGAGGCAAGAUGAUUAA